AGUAAGCUAAUGUAAUUUAAUAAAGAUAAGAUAAAAUCCUGAUGAUAUUUUUAAGUGCCCAUUACUUUAAUACACACACUCUGAAACCAGCAAAAAUGGAAAACCGCUGGUUAUCCCUUGUAUUUGGGCUCAUAUUUAUCCAGGGUUUACUAGCUCUAAGCCCAAUCCCAGUUGCCGAUGAUGAAUGGGAGGAAUUUUCCAGAACCUUGCGGAGCCCUGCUUACCGCUUACCAAACACUACGAAGCCAUCAAAAUAUGAAAUAAGUUUGAUUCCUUAUUUCGAUGUUGUUCCAACACCUAAUAUUCCACCAUUUUCUUUCGAUGGCCAAGUAUCAAUUUGGAUACAGGCCACACAAGCUGGAGUUCGAGAAAUAGUUAUGCAUUGUAAUAGUUUAGUCAUUAAUAGCGUAACAGUUUCGUUGAACAAUACUGCUAUGAAUUUGACCAAUUCAAACUUUACUUGUGAAAUGCCAUAUGCUUUUCUUAGAAUUGGUACUAAUGAACCUCUUCAAAUGGGCCAAGAAUACCUAAUACAUAUAACCUACAGGGGUUUCUUCCAAACUAACAUGCGAGGUUUUUACCGGAGCUGGUAUAGGGAUUCUACUGGUUUUAAGUGGAUGGGUACAACGCAGUUCCAGCCUGGCCACGCUCGUCAAGCUUUUCCUUGCUAUGAUGAACCCUCUUUUAAAGCAUACUUUGAUAUAACCAUUCAUAGAGAACGUAGUUUCAGUCCGAGUAUUUCAAAUAUGCCGAUAAAAUCGAUUUCAACAACAGCUGUUCCUGGACGUAUCUCAGAGACAUUCUUCACGACGCCUCUAACUUCCACUUACUUGUUAGCUUUUAUUGUAUCCCAUUAUGAUCGCGUUGAAUCAAAUGGUAGCCCUAACAGACCAUUUGAUAUUUAUGCACGGAAUAAUGCUGGUAUUACUGGAAACUAUUCACUAGUAAUGGGAGAAAAACUCCUAGAGGCUAUGGAAAAUUAUACUCAAAUACCAUAUUACACUAUGGCAAGAAAUAUUACUAUGCAACAGGCCGCUAUUCCUGAUUUUUCUGCAGGUGCCAUGGAAAACUGGGGAUUGUUAACCUACAGAGAAGCUCUUAUUUUGUUUGAUCCUCAAAAUACUAAUAACUUCUACAAACAGCGUAUUGCUAAUAUUGUAUCUCACGAAAUUGCCCACAUGUGGUUCGGAAAUCUUGUUACUUGUGCUUGGUGGGACAAUUUGUGGCUAAAUGAAGGAUUCGCAAGAUUUUACCAAUACUAUCUAACACAUUCGGUUGCUGAAGAUCUUGGAUUUGAUAUUCGGUUUAUUGUGGAACAACUCCAGACUGCUAUGAUUUCGGAUUCUAUUGAUUCUGCGCAUGCUUUAAUCAACCCCGAUGUAAAUGAUCCUACUAGUGUGUCUAAUCAUUUUUCCACUAUAACUUAUGCUAGAGGUGCUUCUAUAUUAAGAAUGACGCAGCACUUCUUAGGUGAAUCUACAUAUUUAAAAGGUCUCCGAAAAUACCUUAGGGCUAGGCAAUUUGAUGUAGCGGAACCACAACAUUUAUUUAAUGCUCUGGACGAAGCUGCACGUGAAGAUGGUGCUUUGUCAGCAUAUGGUGGUAUCACGAUUAAUUCAUAUUUCCGAUCAUGGGCCGAGAAAGCUGGACAUCCACUUCUCACUGUCACUAUUAAUCAGACUUCUGGACUAAUGACUGUUACACAGGCUCGCUGGGAACGCAAUACUGGUGUUUCGAAUUUCACAAGCAUAUGGGAAGUGCCAAUAACAUGGACCAGAGCAGGCGCUCCAGAUUUUAACAAUCUGAAACCGUCUCAAGUGAUAACAGCUGAUGUAACUAAUAUUGAACGUGGAACACGAGGUCUCGAAUGGGUAAUAUUUAAUAAACAGGAAUCAGGAUUCUACAGGGUGAAUUAUGAUGACGUUAAUUGGGCCUUGUUAACAAGAGCUUUGAGAAGUUCAAAUAGGACCGUUAUUCAUGAAUUGAAUCGUGCACAGAUCGUGGACGAUUUAUUCCAAUUAGCAAGAGCUGGGGUUAUGACAUACAAUAGAGCUUUUAAUAUACUCUCGUUCUUAGAGUUUGAAGAUUCUUAUGCACCUUGGAUAGCAGCGAUUGCAGGCUUUAAUUUCGCCAGGAAUAGACUUGUUUAUGAUACUACUAAUAUGCAAAGGCUUCAGAAUUUGGCAAUUAAACUAAGUGCUGCAAUAACUCGCCGUCUUGGGCACGUCGAAAGAAAUGGAGAAUCUUUUAUGGAUGGUCUAUUACGCAUGCAUGUUAAUACCUUCCUUUGCAAUGUAGGACAUCCUGACUGUUUGGAAGCAGCAAGAGUAAGCUUUGCAAACUGGAGAAAUGGUGGAUUUAUUCCAGCAAACAUGCGACAAUGGGUAUAUUGUAGCGGUCUGCGACAAGGGAAUUCUUCUGACUUUGACUUUUUCUGGAAUGAGUUCCUUAAAGAGGAUCUGGCCAAUAACGCGGUUAUCAUGAUUGGAGCAGCUGGCUGUACUAACGACGUCGGAAGCCUUGAAAAGUUCUUGGACGCUAUUAUUACUGUGAAUAAUAGCGCAGAGAUUAUAAGGCCUCAAGACAAUUCCGCGGCUUGGAGUUCUGCAGUGACUGGAAAUAAUGCCAACCCCAUGAGGAUGCUUAAUUGGCUGAGACGCAAUGUAAACCUUUUCAUUGAAAGAAAUAUUUCUUUACAAACUCCAAUCAGCAAUAUCGCAAGUCGAUUAAGAAAUGAAAAUGAAAUUUCGGAGCUGUUGUCUUGGUUAGAAACGAACAGAGAAAUUCUCGGAAGCUCUUAUAAUACAGGUAUUACUGGCAUUGCUAGUACCAGAUCUAACAUGGCGUGGUCUAAUAGACGUGUAUCCGAAUUUGCUCGAUACUUCGACACUGGUUACAUUGAAGAUAAAAUUGAUGAUGACAACGGUCACGACUCGGCUAAUAUUGCAACUUUGAGUAUUGCCACCUUAUUAGCGACAGUUGCAAUCAGCCUCAACUUUUAAAUCAUGUCAUAUAGUCCCAAAAUAGUAGAGACGGCACUAUGGCUUUUAUUAUUUGGUAUUGUAAAUGCUCUCCCCGACGACAUGCCGUCAGAAUUUGAAUUUAUGGAUUACUCUACCAACGUUGACGACCCAAAAUACAGGUUACUAGACAACGUGAGACCGACUUACUUCUACGUAAACCUUGAUGUUUAUCUGGCAGAAUCUCGAUUCGAUGGCUUAGUUCAGGCUCAUGUCGAGGUUCAACAAAAUGUCACACAAAUUGUUAUGCACCAAAAAGUUGUAUCUAUUCGUGCUAUAAAUGUCAUUGACGGAAGCGGUAGAGCCGUAGCAGUUAAAGAUUUUGAUACCGAUUCAUAUUAUGAAAUAUUAAAUAUCAACUUUGUAAACGUAGUUACUCCGGGAAGUUAUAUUAUAACCAUUAACUAUCUUGGCCGCAUCAAUGAAAAUCCACAUGACCGAGGAUUUUAUAAGGGUUACUACUACUACGGCAAUGUAAAACGGGAGUAUGCAACAACACAAUUUCAACCUUAUCAUGCGAGAAAGGCAUUCCCCUGUUUUGACGAACCUCAAUUCAAAUGCCCUUUCGUGAUUUCAAUUACCAGGGAUUCAAAUCUUAAUCCAUCUUUUUCUAAUAUGGCUAUCAACCAAACCCAAGUGUUACAAAAUCGGGUUCGAGAAACAUUCCUUCCUACACCAGUUAUCUCUGCUUACCUCAUCGCUUUUCAUGUCAGUGACUUUGUUGCUACUAAUUAUACAAGUACUGCAGAAAAGCCAUUCCAAAUCGUUUCUCGUGAAGGUCCAAUCGAUCAGCACCACUAUGCUGCUGAAGUUGGUGUGAACAUUACGAAUCAAAUGAGUGAGUUCUUUGAUAUUGACUACUAUGGAAUGGGUCAAGGACAACUUAUGAAAAAUGAUCAUAUUGCCCUACCUGAUUUUCCAUCUGGUGCUAUGGAAAAUUGGGGAAUGGUAAAUUACAGAGAAGCUUAUCUUCUCUACAAUGAAGACCAUACAAACGUUAUUGAUCAGAUAUUUAUCGUAUCAAUAAUCGCUCAUGAAAUGGCUCAUAAAUGGUUUGGAAAUCUGGUAACUUGCUUCUGGUGGAGUAAUCUUUGGCUAAAUGAAUCUUUUGCAAGCUACUUCGAGUAUUUCAGUGCUCAUCUAGCACAACCAGCAUUAGAAAUAGCUGAUCGUUUUAUUACCGCACAUGUUCAAAGAGCUUUAACUGCUGAUGCAAGUGCAUCAGCAACUCCUAUGAAUUGGUCUGAGGUCGCAAAUACCACAACAAUUACAAAUAAUUUUGGUACAAGCAGUUACACGAAGGGAUCAUCAGUGUUAAGAAUGUUGGAACAUUUUGUUGGCUAUGCUACCUUCAGAAAUGCUUUGAGAUAUUACUUAAAAGACAAUCUAUAUAGCAUUGGAUAUCCCGUUGACAUGUACAAUGCAUUCAGAAAAGCUGUUGGAGAAGAUUCUUCUUUUCAAACCUCUUAUCCAAAUAUAGAUAUUGGAGCAGUAUUUGAGAGCUGGGUACAAAAUCCCGGAUCUCCAGUAAUUAAUGUUGAUGUCAAUAUGAGAACUGGUCGUAUAAAUAUAACUCAGGAGCGAUUCCAACUUAGCGGUACUCCACGUGAUUCAAUUUGGCAAAUUCCAAUUACUUGGACUCAUGGAGGAAACCCCAAUUUCGAGAAUCUCAAACCAAGCCUGGUGCUCACAACAAAGUCAACUACCAUCCAAAAAGAAGCUGGUCAUCAUUGGGUCCUCUUUAAUAAUCAACAUUCAGGGCUUUAUCGUGUUAAUUAUGAUGACCAUAAUUGGGAAAUGAUUGCGUCACAGUUGCGAAGAAAUAAAAAUGUCAUACAUAGACUAAAUAGAGCACAGAUAACCAAUGAUGUUCUAUUUUUCGUCCGUGCCGGAAAAAUCAGCAUAAGGAGAGCAUUUGACGUUCUAUCUUAUAUGAAAGAUGAAAGUGAUUAUUAUGCGUGGAAUAGGGCCCUUAUUCAACUUGAUUGGAUUCGAAGAAGAUUGGAACAUUUACCUGCAGCUCAUGAAGAAUUUAGCAAAUACCUUUUAUUACAAAUGCAAGGAGCAAUCGAUCAACUUGGUUAUGAAGAACGUUCGAAUGAUACAGCUUCUGAUAUUCAAAGUAGAAUGCAAAUAAUGGACUACGCUUGCGAACUUGGGCAUGAAGGAUGUAUCGCUGACAGUCUUAAUAAAUGGAGACAGUUUAGGACGAACGCUAGUUACAUUGUACCGAAGAAUGCACGCCGUUAUGUCUAUUGCACUGGUCUACGUGAGGGGAAUGCAGAGGACUUUGAGUUUUUGUUCGACAGAUAUAAUAGCUCAGAACACACUUCCGAUAUGGUUGUCAUGCUUCGGACCCUAGCUUGUACGAAGCAUCCGGCAUCAUUGAGAACAUAUUUGCAUCAGACAUUGCAUAAUGACAAAAUAAGAGUCCACGAUAGAAACAAUGCAUUUAGUUUCGCGCUUCAAGGAAAUAGAGAAAAUCUUAGAACAGUCCUUGAAUUCUUAUAUAGUAACUAUAGAGAAAUAGAAGAAAAAUAUGGUGGUCGAGUAAGAUUGUCCACGGCUAUAGAAGCUUUGACAACAUAUUUGACUGAUUUUAAUGAUAUUGUUAAUUUCCAAGCAUGGCUAUACCGAGAACAGAUCGGAUUAGCAGCAUCUUUCCCUAGAGGCGUGGCAGUCAUAAAUAGUGCUCUACGUAACUUAGACUGGGGUAACAGCGUCGCUGUAGAAAUUUUUGAAAAUAUCCGGAGUACUAAUACAUCUGCCUCCUUGGCUGCUUCUAUAGCUCUUUUGAUUAUGGCACUAUUUGUUCAAUUACUAAGAUAAUUCAUAUAAAAUAAAGAAAAAUAGUUUAUAGGCA